AUGAACUUGACCUUGACCUUGAAAAAUGGCCUUCUGUGUAUCGGUAGUGGUGGUCUCCGUUUGACUCAACUCGGGGUCCCCUCAUUAGUUCGGUUCGGGGAGCCGACCUGGCUCAAUUGUUCGUAUGCUCUGGAUCGAGGCGAAAGGCUAUACUCCGUGAAAUGGUACAAGGACAAUGUUGAAAUAUAUUCCCACAUCCCCGAUGAAGUCCCGGCGACCAAGGUCUUCCAGCAUCCAGGUGUGGAUAUCGACCUAGGGCAAUCGACCGUGAGCGACCUGUUCUUACGCUCCACCGAUGCCAUGUCGGACGGUCGCUACAGAUGCGAGGUCUCGCAAGAAGGCUCCUUCACGACGGAGCGUGCCAAAAAAGAUCUCCUCGUUUAUGAUAUCCCAGACGGCGAUCCAGUGCUCACUAAUCUCCUGAGCACAUACCAUAUGAACGAGCUGGUCAAUGUCACGUGUCGCUUCGGGCCUGUCAAAGGAACAAGUAGAGGUCUCACUUGGUACAUAAACGACACCAAGGUACGGAAAGACAUGGAAAUCCAGAAGGACAUCUCACAUGACGACGGCCGUGUCACACUCGUCAAGGUUUUGUUGUUUCACAUACGACCUCGACACGUCGAUUCAAAGGGAAAGCUAAAACUUCAAUGUCGGGGCAAGAUCGGGAUGACCUUCCAGCUCAACAGCGAAGAGGUCCGUGUGAAAGCCCGCGCGAACAGCAGCCGUCUACAAGUCAUCCGAGGAACUGAAAUGGGUGGACCGCAAAUAGCCGGUCUUUACAGCAACUACCGCAAGCAGGAGAGUCUUGUUGUUGCGUGCAAAACGCGCGACGCCCUGGGACAUCGUGACAACCUUACGUGGUUCGUCAACGACAGAAACGCGUCUGAAUGGACUUCAUCGUACCCUAUCGUCGAGAUCGAUUCUUCGAACUCGGUCCGAGAAACCGAACUUCAGCUCCGCGUGCCCCUCACUCCGGAUAAUUUCCAGCGGAGCGAGCUCAGGCUGAGAUGCUCAAUGCUCCGUAGCGAACGGUUCACUCGGAUAGCCGAGGCGUCCGCGCACGUUCUGUAUCACCGAUUCUCGGCCCAGAGCUCCCGAUCGGCCAGCUUAUGCUCCAGCCUGCCGAUCGCGGCCGUAGCUCUCGUAACACUACUUCAAUACCACGUAUAG